GCGCCGCCUUUGCCACCGCCGCCGCCACGGCAGCCUCGGGGAAAGGGGAGGAAAUGGCGGCAAUGUCCGAGGAGCCGCAGCCGCGUCUGCCGCAGCCCUUCGCGGCUGCUUCUUCGGCGGGCAUCUCCCUCGCCUCGUCGUCGUCGUCGUCACAGGGCUUGGCGGGGGGCUCCGGGAGUAACCCGCUGUCGCGCAAACUCCGCAAAGUGCUGGAGACGCGGCUGGAGGCGGACAAGGAAAUGUUGGAAGCACUCAAGGCUCUUUCAGCCUUUUUUGUAGAAAAUAGCUUGCGUACCAGAAGAAAUUUGCGGGGAGAUAUUGAACAUCGCAGUUUAUCCAUAAAUGAAGAAUUUGUCUACAUCUUCAAGCAAGUGAAAGAGGAGCUUGAAAGGAUAAAUGAAGACGUGCAGUUCAUGAGUAACUGCUGCCAGGAUAUGACUAAUCAUUUGAAGGCAACCAAGGAGCAAACCCAAGAUCUAAUUGUAAAGACAACUAAGCUUCAAGCAGAAAACCAGAGAUUAGAACAGAAAGCACAAAUAGCAGAUGCUUUCAUAGUAGAAUUCCAACUGUCUCCAGAGGAAAUGAAUGUCCUUCGAGGCACUAGAGACGGGCCUGUGACAGAGACAUUUUUUAAAGUAUUGGGAAGAGUAAAGCAAAUUCACAACGAUGUCAAGAUUCUUCUGCGCACAAAUCAGCAGAGAACAGGCCUAGAAAUUAUGGAACAGAUGGCUUUGCUCCAAGAGACUUCCUAUGAGCAGCUUUAUCGAUGGGCUCAAGGUGAAUGCAGGGCUUUAACUCAAGAAUCCUGUGACAUUUCUCCAGUUCUAGCUCAAGCGAUGGAAGCUUUGCAAGACAGGCCUGUUCUGUAUAAAUACACCCUGGACGAGUUUGGAACAGCCAGAAGAAGUGCUGUGGUCCGAGGCUUCAUUGAUGCUCUUACAAGAGGAGGUCCAGGUGGAACUCCCCGGCCAAUUGAAAUGCAUUCCCAUGAUCCUUUGCGAUAUGUAGGAGACAUGUUGGCAUGGCUGCAUCAAGCAACUGCUUCUGAAAAAGAGCAUCUGGAAGCCCUGUUAAAACAUAUAACUGCUGAAGGAGUAGAAGAAAAUAUGCAAGAAGUAGUUGGACACAUCACAGAAGGCGUUUGCCGGCCUCUGAAGGUUAGAAUUGAACAGGUGAUAGUAGCUGAACCAGGAGCAGUCCUGCUGUAUAAAAUUUCUAAUCUUCUCAAAUUCUACCACCAUACCAUCAGUAAUAUUGUAGGAAACAGUGGAGCCAUGCUGCUAACUACAAUCGAAGAAAUGCAUCUCUUGAGCAAAAAGAUAUUCUUCAACAGUUUGAGCCUUCAUGCAAGUAAACUGAUGGAUAAGGUGGAAUUGCCACCUGCGGAUCUUGGUCCAAGCUCUGCACUAAAUCAGACACUGGCUUUGUUGCGUGAGGUUCUCACAUCCCAUGACUCUUGUGUAAUUCCUCUGGAUACCCGACAAGCUGACUUUGUGCAGGUGAUAUCUUGUGUGCUGGAUCCACUGCUGCAGAUGUGCACUGUGUCUGCGAGUAACUUAGGCACUGCUGACAUGGCAACCUUCAUGGUGAAUUCGCUUCAUAUGAUGAAGACUACGCUAGCUCUCUUUGAAUUUACAGAUAAACGACUAGAAAUGUUACAGUUCCAGAUUGAAGCACAUUUAGACACCCUGAUAAAUGAACAAGCUUCCUAUGUGUUAACUAGAGUGGGCCUAAGUAGCAUAUAUAAUAUUGUACAGCAGCACAGGCCAGAGCAGGGUCCCUUGGCAAAUGUACCUGGUAUGGAUUCUGUGACAUUAAAAGCGGCAAUGGUCCAGUUUGAUCGUUAUUUGUCUGCUCCUGAUGGUCUGUUAAUGCCACAAAUAAACUUUCUUCUAAGCACUGCUGUCAAACAGCAGAUAAUAAAACAGUCCACCGAACUAGUCUGCAGAGCCUACAGUGAAGUAUAUUCUGCUGUGAUGAAUUCGGGCAAUGCAUAUAAAGAUCCUGAAACAAUACUGCACAGAUCUCCUCAUCAAGUUCAGGCACUUCUCUCUUAAUCUUACAAAUUCCUUUUGUUAUUUCCACUGUUUCAGGCUGUAAAUUGUGCUCAUGCAAGUUCAAGAUAAGCUGUGACAAUGUAGUUUUUAUCUUGCUGGCGGUCUCGUAAUCAGUGCACUUACAGACUAUGAGGGUUCACAAAGUUAGUUGGCUGGAAUGUCAUUGUCUGUCAUGGUAUUUAAGCAGCCUUAUCAUAACCUUAUUGGGAGAGGAAAAUAAAAGCAAUCUUUUAUUUUAAAUUAUUUUUACACUAUACUCUAAACCCGGAAAAGCCUUGUGAGACUAUCUGGUUUUCUUUGAGUGAGAAAAAUUGCAGUAAUUUAUGAUGGUGAUGAUACUCGUAAAUGAUGUACAAAACCACCUGCUUGCCAGGGACCUUGGCCAGUAUUGGCAUCAUCCUGUUACUCUGGCCCUGACAGUUUGGAGGAGCUGCAACCCUUGUGGAUAAAAGUCGACUUUGGUUUGGUCAAAGGCCAGUGCUUGGAUGUAGCUUUUCCUGCUAUUGGUACUCAGAGCAAAAAUAAAAAUCUAAAGCUUUUGAAAAUCUAAUUGAAGUAAUUCAUGAAAUGCUAACUUAAAUAUUGACUCUGCAAGCAAAAAGCUAGAAGUGUGUAGGGAGGAAGUUCUUUUAGAAUGAAUGACCAUAAUCUUCUGUAAAUGCUACAGAUUUUAAUUAAAAUGUCUCAAACAUUAAAAGAUAAAAUACAGGCUGGCUCUGAGACAAGACAAUGAGUUACCAUGGAAAAGGAUUUGCAUACAGGAAUAAAAUAUUUUAUGCCAGAAAGGAUUCAUGAGAAGCUACUGAUGCAGGAGUCUGUUUCUUCGAACUGCAGGCUCCCCUGUAACAUGUUCUUUGAGUGGGCCAUUUUCAGCAUUUCGUUCUUAAAAUGUUUUGGAAUUCAGCCUGUUGUAAAAUCAGUUACAAUGUUUUCAAAAGGCUACAUUUUCAUACAUAGCCUAUGUACAUAAUUGUGCAUAGAGAUUUGCUACAACCUGCCUACAUGUAUGUAUUUCUUCCCUUCCUCCACUUUUUCCCAGUAAAGAGUGGGUUCAAAUCCCAGUUGGAACAUGUAGCACUCAGACAAGUCAUUGUCUGCCAUAGUCCUCCCUCUGUAGAAACAAAACCAUAAGGACCCUUUGCUGUGACCUACCAAAAACCUUAGGAAUGGGCCUGAGCAUGAAUCAAAAUUAUACAAAGAUGCCAUGACAGCACUUACAAGGGGCAAACAAGACUAAGUACUGGUAUCCAGCUAGAUCCUUUGUGCACUGCGAUCGAUGCUUUUCUUGGCAGUGUCCCUCAAUGUUUGUGGUCAUGUUAGACUGCAAAAGAAUGCCUGGCUGACUCCUCACUGGUUAUAUCCAACAGGAGGAAGUUAUGAACAUGCUAUUUAUAGAGUCUGAACAAAUAGGCGCAAAGUUUAAUCAGCCAAAGACAACACGUGUUUUGAUUUUUCAAAAGUAAUAUUUGCUGAUUUACAAUAAGUUGGAUCCUAGCUUGCCCUUCUGUGAACAGAAGAACCUUUGAUCCAGUGGAGGUUUCAGCCAACAAAAAGAGGAGAAGCAAUUUCCUUAUUAUUAUUAUUAUUAUUAUUAUUAUUAUUAAUACUAAUACUAAUCUCAUUUUAUACUGCCUAAUAGCUGUAGCUCUCCUGGCAGUUUACAUAAAACUCAUAUGCUCAUAAAAACAAUGCAUAAAACACUGUUAUCUUUUUCCAAGGUACAACAUUUUUUAAACAACAUAUAGUGAACAGAAGAGCAGUAAACUGCCUGGGAUGGGUAAUUUCAAGCUCUUAAAUAUCCAUGUAUAUUUUUAAAGGCUUCUGCAUGAAAGGCCGUCUUCACCCGAAAAGAUGGCAAGGCUUGUACCAGACAGGCCUCAGUGUGGAGGUCCUUCCAUAGUUGGGCUGCCACAGAGAAAGUCUUUCCCCCCCUUGUUGCUACCCUCUGAGCCUCUUUCACAGUUGGUGCUCAGAAGAAGGUCUGGGAUAUUGAGUGUUGUGUCCAGGUAGAUCAUGGUGGGAAGAGGCACUCUGUCUAGCAUUGUGGUCCCAAACCUCGUAAGGCUUUAUAAAUUAAAAACUAGCACCUUGAAUCGGGCUUGGGAGCAUAUAGGCAGCCAGUGCCAGCUGGCCAGAACUGCUCUUACACGUUCAGACCUAUGGGCCCCCAUUAUUAGUCAGGCUGCUGCACAUUGCACAAGCUUCAACUUUUGAACAGUCUUCAGGGGCAACCCCAUAUGCAGUGCAUUGCAGUUAUCCAGUUGGGAGGUUACAAGAUCAUAGAUUAAUGAAACAAAAAGGAAACCUGCCCAAGCUAUGAACCUGCUCCUUUAAGGGGAGUGCAACCCUAUCCAGAACAGACUGAAUGCCGCCUUCUGGUCAGAGGAAACACCCUAUGUACUGGCAUCAUCAAAAGACCAUCUGGAAAUGGAGUAUACUGUGGGAUGUAAAGGACCUCUCAAUGCCAUUUUGUUCCUGGCUGUUGUGUUGAAGACCCUGCUCUGCUGCACACCAGCUUUAUCACUGGGGAGGGCAUUGGCUUUGGAACGAGGAAAAACAGAAAUGUGUCCCAAGCAAGUAAAACCGCUAGCAACUCUCCAUAUCUCUCCCCCUUUAUUUAGCUCAUUAGACGUGAUGUGAACAAAACAAACUUCCCCAUUAUUGCCAAAUAUUCUUUUAUUAUUUUUAAUUAUGAAUUUUGUUGAUUUGCAUAGUUAAUACAGUCACUUGGCAGGGAAUGUGCAGUGUUUAAAGAAUGUUUAGGCCAAGUCAUUCAGAUUUUCAUAGGUAAUGUUCAUCUUUUUUCCCCCAAUUGCUAGUUCUACUUGCUUCCUCCCACCUUUUGCCAUAGGAAAAAAAAUAUGCAAAUACCUCAUGUGUGUCUUAAUAUCUUGUUCCUUUUCCGUAAUUUUAAUAAAUAUUAAAAAACUGAAUCCAGAUUAUGAUGAUAUGUAGAGGUCAAGUACUGGGAGAGAACAUUUUUAUCUGGCUUAACUUUCUUACAAUAAAAUGUUUUUGUAAGCUGCCUUCUGAA